CGGAAGCGAGCAGGGCGGAACUCUGCACUGCCAGGGAGAGCCUUGCUUUGCUUUAGUAUGCGCUUGAAUCAUUGCCUAUAACGUUUGGGCUAGCUGCUUGGAUAGGCGACUGCUUUUCGGACAAAGGGCAACGUAUUGACAACCUGGCGCGGUCGCCGCACCAGCGAUAAAUGUCGGCGGAGACACCGGUGACCAAUGGCUGACCUUUUUGAGAAGACAGCAUCAACAUGGCGCCAGCUGGCGUUAGCCUUUCAGGCCGACCUGGGCAAGCGAGUGGAAGGCGACCUCGCGGCUCAGACCACCCUCGCGAACUUGGACCUGCGUCGCGUCAGCGGAGCCGGCGACCCCUCCAACACACAGCGCAAGCAGCCGCAACAUCACCAGCACCGCCCAUCGCAGCCGCAGCAGCAGCAACAGAGGCAGCAGCGGCAGCCGCAAUCGAGUAAGGCACGGCCGGCUAAUGGCGGCGGCGGCGUUGGGCGAUCCGGCCAGACGUCGGGCACGCGGCGGCGAGGUCCAGGGCUAGGGGCGGCCGAGAACGGCAAAGCCCUGUGCCGCCGCUGCGCGGCAGGGGCCGCGACGCUGCAAGACGGCAGCGGCGCCACUGGCGCUACAGCGGUAGCGGCUGCAGGUGCAGCAGUCGGAGCCGGCGGUGCCACAGCCGCAGACAGCACAAUCGCCGGGGCGACGCCGCCAGCGCCUGAGCGCUCGCCCUCUGCGGCCAGCACCGGCAGGAGCAACGACAACAACAGCAACUGCGGCGGCGCCGGCAACACCGGUGCCGUCGACCUGAAGCCGCAGCCAAGCGGGCCUAGCCCAGACUGCGUCCUGUCGCCCAUCUCGCCUUCGUCGUCACCUUCACGUGGGAACUCGCUCUCCGCCCCCGGGGCCUCAAGCGACGGCAGCGGCGGAGGCGCAGGGGUCGGCGCCGGUCCCGCGACCGCAUCUGCAACCGUGGUUGUAGCGGCGGUGGAGGCCGUGGCGGCGGCGCCAGAUGCUCUGGCCCCGGCCACAAAGCCCCAGGCCUCCGCCCUCAAGCCGCGCAAACCGCCGCCGCUGCAGCAGCCCCCGCAACAGCAGCUGACGCGGCAACAAUCCAAGCCUCGCACGCCCCAGCAGCAGCAGCAGCAGCAGGCGCCGCUGCUGCGCCGGCCCGCCACGCUGCGCCUUCGCUGCAUCGUGCGCGACCCGCUCACGGCCUCCAUGCUCGCCACCGCCACCGGCCACGUCGACGACCCGCAGGUGCCGCUGCGCCGCACUCGCGCCGCGGGCGCCGCCUCCGCCGCAGGCUCCCCGCCGCGCUCCGUAAACGGCAGUAGCGGUAGCGGCAGCGGCUCCGCCGCCGCGGCGGCGGAGCCGCCGGGCAGCUUGCUGUUGAUCGAGGAGGCUGUUCUGGGUCGUGGGGCGUUUGGGUUCGUGACGCUGGUCAGCGACGCGGUGACGGAUCAGCCGUACGCACUGAAGAGGCUGCGGCGCAGCGACGUGAGCGUGCGUCACGUGAUGCAGGAGCAGGAGGCGGUGCGCAGCCUCAUGCGCGACGUGGAGGAGAGCAGCGAGGGCGAGAGCGAGGGCGAGGGCGGGAGCGAGGGCGAGGGCGACGACGAGGAAGACAGUGGGAGCGCGCGCGUGAGCGAGGAGGGAGCGGGAGAGGAGGCGGGGCAGCAGCGGCGAUGUACGUGUGCCGGCUGCGGCGCAGCGCUGGAAGAGGCUGGGGCGGAGCGGUCGGGCACGGAGGCGGCAGCAGGCGAGCCUGCUGCGACGGCAGCAGCUGCCGAUGCUGGCGGUGGUGCUGACGCCGGCGAUGAUGGCGGCGGAGGCCGCUGCGGCGGGACGUCUGGUUCUGGCACCUGUUCUGGCAACACGGCAGGCGGCAGUCGCAACAGCAGCACCGUGCACGUACACGCCUCGGCCUCGACAUCUUCCUUCAACGGGACGUUAGAAACCGGCACGGCAGCAGCCGGGUCAGCUGCAGGGCCAGCGGCCGGGCUGCCCAUAUCGCGCGCUUACAGCGGCCGCUGCGCCGCCGCCGCCGCCGCGGCGGCGGCCGGCGAGCCGCCACCGGCGUGCGCCUGCCGCUUCUGUGCGGCGGAGGCCGCAGCCGCGGCGGCGGCGCCGGUGGGCGGGGUUCGCCGCGUGGGGCUGGCGGCGGCGACGGCGCCGGGCGCCGCGGCGGCGACAAAGCAGGGCGCGACGAUGGGCACUGCUCGGGCGGCCUGGAUGGCAAAGCAGCGGGCAAUGGGUUGGCUCGCGGAGGGGCCGGCGGCGGCGGGAGCGGCGGGAGCUCCCGCCGCAGCUGCAGCGAUGGCCGCUCAGGCGCCGGUGCCGGGGUCCCGGGCGACGCAGCAGCAGCCGCAGCAGCGGCCAGGCUCGAUACCACGACAGGCGCUGGGGCAGCCGCAGCAGGGGCAGGGGCAGGGGCAAGGGCAACAGCAGGCAUCGGCGCAGGAGGGACAGGAGCAGCCACAGGCUGUUAAGCGGGAGCGGCGGCCGCACAGCUGCCUCAGUCGGCAGAGCAGGAAGGGCCGCGGCACUGCCUUCUGUGUGCGGCAGCUGGGGACUUUCCAGGACGACCACUACCUGUACCUGCUGCUGGAGUACUGCCCCGGCGGCGACCUGGACCGCCUGGUGCGGGCACACACGCGCAAGACGCUGGUGCCGCGGAGCACCUGGAUUGCGCAGGUGGUGGCUGGUCCGGCCAUUGUGUGGCGCGGGCUGCCCGAGGCGGCCGUGCGCUUCUACGCCGCCGGACUGGUCAUUGCGCUGCAGGAGCUGCACGCGCGCUAUGUGGUGUACCGCGACCUCAAGCCCGGCAACGUGCUGCUGGACGGCGCCGGCUACCCCCGCCUGGCCGACUUCGGAAUGGCCAAGCCGCUUGGCGGGCCUGGCGGCCGGGCCACGUCAGCGUGCGGCACACUGGACUUCAUGGCGCCCGAGGUGGUGAAGAUCGAGUGUGAGGCGCUGGCUCGCGAGGGCCGCGGCGUGGUGGCGGGCGGGUUGCUGGACAACUGCCGCCGCCUCGCCGAGGAGGAGGACAAACUCAACAACAAGAACAACAACGACAACGCGAAGGCUUGGUGGGGCCGGCCAGCGGGCGGCGGAGCGGCGGCAGGAGGAGCUGGAGCGGGAGGGACAGGAGUAGUAGCAGCAGGCGGCGGCGGCGGGCGACGCACGCGGCGAGACGGUCCCCUGGGGUCGUAUGGACUUGAAGUGGACUGGUGGUCUCUGGGCGCGGUGCUCUAUGUGCUGCUGACCGGCACCAAGCCCUUCUGCAGCCCCGAGGCCGAGGCGGCGGGCGAGGACGCUGCCCGGCUGCUGAUGCGCAUCAUCGACCCCUGGUACGAGCCGCCGCUGCCCGUGUACCUCAGUCCGGCCGCACGUGACCUGGUGAAGAAGCUGCUGACGCGGCAGCCCCGCUGGCGGCUGGGCUGCGGUGGCGGCGGCGCGGAGGAGGUGCGGCAGCACGCCUUCUUCAAGGGUUUCGAUUGGCAGGCCUACGAGGAGCGCCGGAUGCCGCCGCCCUUCCCGCCGCAGGAGGUGUCGCUACCUCAGCACCAGGAGGCCGAGUCCGUGGCGCGCUUCUUCGGCUUCUACGGCUCCUCCGUCGCCUUCAGCUCCAUGCCCGACUCCCUGCCCAAGAACCGCCACCAGAACCAAAACCAGCAGCCGCAGCAGCAGCCACAGCAGCAGCAACAGAAGCCCAACGCCGGCCGUAACGGAGCCAACGGUGGUGCUGGCCCGGCUGCGGGUGCCAAUGGCGCCCAUGGCGCCGGAAAUGGAGGUGGGCCGGGUGCUGGGGCAGCGCCUGCGGCAGCGGCAGCGGCAGCCGCAGCCGGCGGCGGGCGGCUGCAACAGCCUCCGGUGGAUGCGGCGGCGGCGGCGGCGCGGCGGCGGCUGCAGCAGGUGGCCGACAUGCUGCGAGACUUCUGAUGAGAGGCACGGUUUUCGUUUCCCGUUAUGCAUGCGUCUGUUAUGAAUACCAUUUAUUUGGCAGCGCUCCAGAGGUGGAGUGUGGCAAGGGAAAGCGUGAUCGUGGCUUUUUGUGUGCGUUUGUGUGUUGUGGAUGGGGAUUUGUGUGCCUGAGCAGUGGGCUGCGAUGCGUAUGUAAUUGAACGGCCGCUGGCGAGGGCCCCGUUUUGUGCGUCGGGUUUAACGGGUUAGCUUUAAGAGCGCGCGCUGUGGGAUACCUUGGUUUGUCAGGUCUGGCCGCUCUGGCGUGAGCUAUUGCAAGCUUGUGGCGUAAACCAGAGGCACAAAGCGAGCUGUGUGCGAGCUGGUUGGGCUGGUGGGCAGUGGGCAGGCCUGCGGUCUGUAGAGUUGGGAACUGCCGGUUACGUAGGUGUGCUCUCUCGUAUCGUAUGGUCCGUUGGGCUCCAUGUGUGUGUGUGUGUGUGUGUGUGUGUGUGUGUGUGUGUGUGUGUGUGUGUGUGUGUGUGUAUGUGUGUGUGUGUGUGUGUGUGUGUGUGUGUGUGUGUGUGUGUGUGUGUGUGUGUGUGUGUGUGUGUGUGUGUGUGUGUGUGUGUGUGUGUGUGUGUGUGUGUGUGUGUGUGUGUGUGUGUGUGUGUGUGUGUGUGUAUGUGUGUGUGUGUGUGUGUAUGUGUGUGUGUGUGUGUGUGACCAUUACUGGAUGGCCGGUACCGGCCGUGUGGUUGAUGAUUGGCAGCACCGGCUGUUGCGGCUGCUACUCACUCAGCAGCUCGUGGGCGCAGUAUAACCCUGCAGAAGUGCAGGCGGACGUCGUGCACCGCUUUGGUUUAUUACUGGUACAUUCAUAACGGAUUGAUCCGUCGCAAGCGUCUGCAUUGACAUACAGGGAUGCUCGCCUGGCUGCAUGAAGGCGGAAUACAGGUGGCUGUUGGUGCUGGUACGGCGGCGGUCAGCUGAUGCAGGGAGCCAAAGGGUGCAAAUGCUGAAUUGGUG